CGUCGACUGCAUUAUAUAUAAAUGAAAAGGAGGCUUGUACUCACCAAGACAGUCGUUUGUGUAUGUAACGGAGCUACAUUACGGAUUUUGUUGAUUUUUUCCAACUAAUUUGGACGCAUUUUAAGGUUUUUCCGUCGCCUGCUAUUUUACCGUCCCUUCGAUCGGUCGCUUGGACAACGGCGACUUGAUCUCCAGCGAAAAAGGAGCUUUUCUUUUGUUUUUUAGUGCAAUUAGGUCGAAAGGGAUGCUGCUGCAGACGGACCCCGACGUGCGUAAACAGUCACUCGAUGUAAUCUCUUCGCAUUUAAUCGGAAAGAGUAGUUUUUCUAUAAACCAAAAUUGGCUCAGAGUGACGCAUUCUCGACCGAGUGCUUGUCAAAAAUGCUUAAACGCGCAUUAAGUGGUCGAUUGUAACGCAGAAAAAAGGAAGGACGACUGAACAUCACAACAAUAAUAAAAGAGCUUAGAGCGAACAUUUGCUCGGAGGUGACCGGAGCGACAACAAAAAGAGCCCGGGAAGACUCGACGGCGAGCCGAGUGACUUUUUUUUGGGGACGAUUGAUCGUCUUUGGCGUCGAGGAAUAUCGAUUUGAAAGCGAUGAAGUUGCUGGAAAACUCGAGUUUUGAGGCGCUCAGCUCACGUUUGUGUGCUGAAACAGGAGAGUCUCGCAUCCUUGGAAGGAUCGAGAGCUACUCGUGCAAGAUGGCGGGCGACGACAAGCACAUGUUCAAGCAGUUUUGCCAGGAGGGUCAACCGCACGUGCUGGAGGCGCUUUCCCCUCCACAGUCCGCCAGCGCCGCUAGCCCUGACUGGCUGGCCAAGAGCGCUGAGGAUGGCGAGAGCCCGCUGAACGACAAGUGCUGCAGGAAGACCAUCUUCUACCUCAUCACCACGCUCAACGAGUCCUUCAGGCCUGACUAUGAUUUCAGCGCCGCGCGGGCGCACGAGUUCAGCCGCGAGCCCAGUCUCAACUGGGUGGCCAACGCUGUCAACAGCAGCUUAUUCUCCGCCGUCGGUGAAGGCUUCAACUCGCUUGGACCCGAGCUGUGGAACGCCAUCGACCAGGAGAUCAACCUGCAAGCUUGCGACAUCUACAGCUACAACCCCGAUCUCGACUCUGAUCCUUUCGGAGAAGAAGGCAGCCUGUGGUCCUUCAACUACUUCUUCUACAACAAGAAGCUAAAGAGGAUCGUCUUCCUCACGUGCCGCUACGUCAGCGUCCUAAGCGGCUACGGUGGAGACGGCCUGGAUAACGACGAGCUGGACAUGGAGCUGGACGACGAAGACGACGAGCUGGACGGCUUUUCCGAGGACAGGUGUCCCCGUGCAGUCUGCGUGUGAGACGUCCACAUAAAAUCACUUUUCUAGGACUAAAUGCAUGUUUUAGAGUUUUUGUAAAGAGAAAAAUCCACAAAAUAAGUUACUGCAUUUGCUCUUCUCACAUUUCUUUUGCGUGUUGUUAGUCGUUUUCCUUUUGCGUGUUGUUAGUCAUUUUCCUUUUUCUGUGUUCCAAAUAUUCCUGUUUUUCUACAUUGUUGUAAGCAUCGCUUUCAUGCAAACGUGAAUGUAGAGUACAAGCAAGCUAUAUAUAUAACUACAUGCGUUUUGCUUUUUCUUGUGCUAUAAUAUAUACUGAUGUGAAUAAAUAACUUUUUGUGUGACUGGCUCUUUUUUUGUCUCA